AGUACUUGUAUUACUGUAGCAUGAGAGUUGCCCACUGAAGGAUUGCUGGGAAUCCCCACCGGAUAAGAGCUGCUCCUGCUCCCCACCUUUCCCCGCUUCCACUUCCCGCCAUCGAUCCUUGCCUGUCCGACCUUUUCUCCGUCACUACACUGAUCCCUCUCUUUUUACCUGCCAGAAAGAAAGAACCAGGAGCAACAUGUCUGCUAAGAACGAAUUCCUCUGCAUUAUCCCGGAUAAGCCGGGCAUGCUGGCCAAGCGACUGGAAGUUCGCUCCCAGCACCUGCAAGACGUCAAGCCCCUUGUCGAAGCCGGUUCCGUGGUCUUGGGAGGCGCGAUGCUCGACAAGCACCCCAAGGAAGGCGAAUCGAUGACUUUCCAAGGAACCUCGCUCAUGCUCGUGGUGGAGAGUAAGGAAGCGGCGGAAGAGAUCAUCAGGAAUGAUAUCUAUGCUAAGAGUGGGGUUUGGGAUUUGGACAAGGUGCAGAUUAUUCCGUUCAAGUCGGCCGUCCGGGUGGGAUUGUAGAUUGAUUUCUUCGGUGUCUACCUACCUUUCUUGUCUUAUAUCUAUUGCACGAUACAUAUGAAUAAGUGGCUUUAUUGCAUCGAGAACCUGAUAGUGUCAGUACUUAUCGAUACUAUUGAAGUAAGUGGAUUUCUCAUCCAAUGCAUUUCCUGUGGCGGUGCAGUCGACGGCAAUACUAUGUGCCCGUGACCUACCCAGACCGAUCCCACCCGUAUGGAAUGACUAGUCACGUCAGGUUCUGCAGGGAUAUUGCUCAUGGGCGCUGAGUGCAAGAAUCCCAUGUGCAGGAGUCUCACGAAUAGGGAACGAUGCCGCAUAUGCUGUGUAACGGGA